AUGUCAAAUAUCACCAAACUUGAGUUUGUUGCACUUGACAUAUCUGGCAAGAAUUACAUGUCAUGGAUUCUUGAUGCCGAGGUUCAUUUGGUUGCAAGAUCUCUAGGAGAGACAAUAAAAGAAGGAAAUGACGCAUCCCAGCAGGAUCGCGCUAAGGCACUCAUUUUCCUUCGUCAUCAUCUUCAUGAUGAUUUGAAAGUUGAAUAUCUUACCAUCAAAGACCCAUGUGAAUUGUGGAAAAACCUCAAAGAACGGUUUGAUCAUCAAAGGACUGUUGUUCUUCCUAAGGCUCGUUUUGAGUGGAUGCAUUUAAGAAUGCAAGAUUUCAAAAGUGUGAGUGCUUAUAAUUCGGAAUUGUUUCGAAUUACUUCUAAAUUGAAACUACGUGGUGAAACAAUCACCGAUGAAGAUAUGCUUGAGAAAACAUUCUCAACUUUUCAUGCUUCAAAUGUGCUCUUACAACAACAAUAUAGAGAGCGGGGUUUCAAAAAGUACUCUGACCUUAUAUCUUGCUUAUUAGUUGUCGAACAAAAUAAUGAGUUGCUAAUGAAAAACCACAAGUUAAAACCCACAGGUUCCACUGCAUUACCUGAAGCUAAUGCAACGAUCAAACAAGAGUAUGACCGUGGUCGUGGGAACCAACGUGGACGUGGGAGUGGCUUUGGUCGUGGUCGUGGACGUGACCGUGGUCGUGGUCGUGGACAUGGUCGUGGACGUGGAUAUGGACGUGGUAAUGUAGACCAUGCAACAUCUAGCAACAAAAGGCACAAACCAUCCAAAGACCACAACUCAUCCAAAUGGGAAGAUACAUGUCAUAAAUGUGGCAUGACGGGACAUUGGUCACGUACUUGUCGUACGGCGAAACACCUUGUUGAUCUUUAUCAAAAGUCAAUUAAGGAAAAUGUGAAGAACGAGACUAAUGUUCUUGACUUUGAUGGCACAAUUGAUACAACUCACUUAGAUGUCUCGGAUUUCUUUGCUGACCCAAAUGGAAACAUUGAUGGCAUGAUUGGAGGUGGUGUGCUAGAAGACAAUAAAGUGGAUUUAGCAUAG